AUGUUGGUGAUGGCAAAGGAAUCUCGUGUUGACCGUAAGUUACCUCUCUUUGUUUUAUUCAUGUUGGUCAUGUCAAAGAGAUCUCGUGGUGACCUUAAGAGACUAUUCUAUAUGAUACAAGUGGUGUUUACCUUCUUUUGUUUUAUUCAUGUUGGCAAUGCAAAAGAACACUACUAA